GUCAAACUGCUUGCAUAUUUAUCUAUUAUACAUACUCAAACUAACGCAGUAAAAACUUUUAGAAAAGAAUGCAAUACUAAGAAAAUGAAAAACGAAUGUCUGAUUUUCAUAUCGACCAAAGAAAAAGGAUAACUGCGCAUAUUGGUUAUGCAGGAAAUUCCGUUGAAUCUUCACAUCAUUAGAUAUGAAAUGCUUCUGGAUGAUGCUAAUGCUGCAAAUCAAAUGAGACAUACUGAAAACGAAAGAUUAUGGUGUUUUUCAUUCAUCCAACAAUUAUUCAGCAAAUAUUUUCGUUGUCAAACUAUGCAGUCAAGUAAACAUUACAAGUCGUUAAAUGAAAAUAACAUUGCUUUAUCAGUUCGAAGAUUAUCACUGGAAGGUAACAGUCAAUCACGUCAUCAGUCACUUCAAAAAUCAAAGACAAUGUUCUCAUCUUUCACUGAAGGCGAUUAUACAUCAGAUAAACUAUGUCCGUCAAGCACCUCGGCGGUUGUUAUUAAUCCGAAUAUAACUGAAAGCGUACAAUCUAAUCAUAGUAGUACUUCACAAAUUUUGACAUGCCCACAGUGUUCUAUUAAGCUCCAAUUGCCAAGCGCACAGAACACUCCAGAAAUCCAUCAGUAUAAUAGACAAAGCAGUGGAAUAAGAACAAACCCUUGGAUUAGCUAUUCUCGAUUAGAGGUAAAAAAUAAUAAGCCAACAAAUACGAUGUUGUUCCCAUAUUCUAUUUCUAGUUCACCUACUGACAGUGGUAUUUAUAUAUGUACAGAUAGUGGUUCACGAUGUGAAAAUAUCACACGAUCAACUACAGAAAAUGAAAUCGAUAAAAGCUGUUGUCCUGUGAACACUACACCUAUAAUACCGAUUUCUCCAGAUCCUCCACCGUCACCUGCUCCUAGUUAUACAGAAAACAUGUUCACUUCAGAAUACUUGAGUCGUGAUGACACACCAUUUGAUAUAAAUGAGUAUAAUUGUCCAAUUAGAUAUUCAAAAACCAAUCCUACAUACAUUUGUAAAUCAGCAACAUUUGACCUGUCUAAUUUAACCAGCAAUACAAAUGAAUAUAACUGCAAACCAAGAAGAAGGUUACUCACUAGAAGAGUGAGAAAUCAUAUAAGAAACUCAUGGCUGCAUACAAACACAGGCUCUACAACAAAAGUGUGUGCAUCGCCUAUGUUACAUCUUAUGUCAUCUUCGUCAUCUUCAUCGCAUUCGUCUGAACAUGAAGUGAAUGACAAUGGGGAUCAGAGAAUAACACGUUCUAACAGUAGAAACACAUUAACUCCAGAUGAACAAAAUAAAAAACCAAAUGUGAAUUUACACACUUUUGAUUUACUUUACAUGAAUCCUGAUUCACUUUUAAGCAAAGAUAUUGAUGACUCUGAGGACCAUACUGCUCAGUUAACUCUACACAGUCAAGCAAUACUAAACUCGUUAAUUGAGAGUAUGGAACCGAAUUCCCAUAUAACUUACAGUUUGAGCAAUACUUUCAAUCCUUUUAUUGGCAGUAUUCAGGAAGGGGAUUUAGAUGAUACUCUUUAUGAAGAUAUCCAGCUGGAGAAUUUGCGGACAAGCUUAAAAAUUCUUUUGGAGGCUAAAAAUGUAAUCAAUAUGCAGAUGAGAAAUUUAAGUCAAAAUUACAUAAAUUAUCUGAAAAGUAAGUAUUCAGCGACAACAAAUGGAAGCCAGUAUAUGCAUUCGUUGAAUAAUGAUAGAAAAGUUACAUAAAACCAGUAAUUUUUGUUCAUGACUAUACGUUUAUUAAAUCUCCUACUCAAAAUUGAUGUAAUGACUGUGAUUUGAGCAUUCUGAUGAGCUUACAACAUUUCGGGUGUCUUCAAAUCAAGUAUUAGCUUGACGAGUGUUUAACUCUGUGUAGUUAAGCUGUUAAAAUAUGACCGUAAAUGUAUCUAGAAAUAAUUCUUUUAUUUUCUACACUAAUUUUUGUUCAGAUUGCUGUAAUUUAUUAACUCUAAGACGAAUACAAAAGAGCUUGCAUUGUAAAGGCCGAAAAUACCCAACACUGUAAUUGUAUAUAAUUACUUUACAAACAACGAUACUUUUGUUCAAAUUGUAUCAUCUUUUCUUUUUAUCAGAAUUGUUCACUCUGAAGUACAAUUCAAUAAAACAAUUAUUUAAAAGCUGUAGAAUUUGCGAACUAUGAAUAUCGUCUCACUAGAGAAAAGCGAAACCAGAGUAGACAAACUUUCUUCUUUUAGAAUAUUGAUAAUCUGAUUUUUUCUUUUCAAUAUUUCACCAGUAUUAAAAAUGAUUUUUUUCUGAGUUUAUAUUGUGUUAAUUCAGUUGUAUUGCAAAACACUAUAGUUGACUUCCGGUUUGGUUUCUAGACUAUUUUAAGUCUUUGUUGGUUGUUUGAAUCGGAG